GUUUGCGCAGGCGCAGUUAGCCGGUUGAUGCGCGCGCGGCGGAGGCGAGAGGUGCGCUCGCGCAGCCAGUUCCACUGUGGAGUGAACUGUGUGUGGUUCCUUUUACUUGGAAAUCAUGCAGAGAGCCUCCCGUCUGAAGAAAGAACUGCACAUGUUAGCCACAGAGCCACCCCCAGGCAUCACCUGUUGGCAAGAUAAAGACCAAAUGGAUGAUCUGCGAGCUCAAAUCUUAGGUGGAACCAACACACCUUAUGAGAAAGGUGUUUUCAAGCUGGAAGUUAUCAUUCCUGAGAGGUACCCAUUUGAACCUCCUCAGAUUCGAUUUCUCACUCCAAUUUAUCAUCCUAACAUUGAUUCAGCUGGAAGGAUUUGUUUAGAUGUUCUCAAAUUGCCACCAAAAGGUGCCUGGAGACCAUCCCUCAACAUUGCAACUGUAUUGACCUCUAUUCAGCUGCUCAUGUCAGAACCCAACCCUGAUGACCCACUCAUGGCUGACAUAUCCUCAGAAUUUAAAUAUAAUAAGCCAGUCUUCCUCAAAAAUGCCAGGCAGUGGACAGAGAAACACGCAAGACAGAGGGCUGAUGAGGAAGAGAUGCUUGAUAAUCUACCAGAGGCUGCUGUCUCUGAAAUACACAGCUCAACACAGAAAAGGAAAGCCGGACAGCAAGGAGGCAUAGAAAAGAAAUUUUGUCCUGGUGUUUAGGGGAUUUGUCCUGGUCCAUCUUAGGACAGGAACUUGUAUGCUAACUAUAUAAUCAGAAUGAAACUCGCUAGUAUCAUUUCAUGACAAGUAUUACUUUAAACAAGAAUGUCCUGGACCAUUCUUUGUCAAGAUGGUCUAAUUUGCCUACCUUUCUUGAAUGUUAUUCUUUGUUAUUUGAUAAUAUUAUAAUUUUUGUCCUAUAAAAGACCCUGUAUAUUUAUGUAUUCUGCUCUACAGUGAUUCUGAGUGUAGUUUGUUUUAUUUAUCUUAUACAUACAUAUUUUGAAAUCCUUUAAACCUGAAAAAUAAAUAAUCAUUUAA